UCGAGGAAAUACCCUCUCUGCGCUACCUCAAUCUUGAAGUCGAUCCAUGCGAAGAUUUCUACGAGUAUACUUGCGGGAACUUCAAAUUGGAACAUCCUCUUCCUGAUGGAGCUCUAACUGUAGACCAGUAUACAAUCCUAGAAGAGAAACUCAAAAAACUGUCCAACAAAAUCCUGUCUUCCCCGCAGAGAGAUGAGGAUCCCCAAGCUUUGAAGAAGGCGAAGAUGGCCUACCAGUCUUGUGUGGAUCUCCCUUACAUCGAUUUGAAGGUGGAACCAGAACUAUCGGUAGUACAACAACAACAUGGUUUUCCGUUGGUCCAAACUCUUUUACAUGAGGGGUCUACAGAGUUCGGAUGGAAUGACAUCGCAGAUGCAGUUAGCGAGUACGGGAUUCCCCUGAUGUUCAACAUACAGGUUACUUCCAAUUAUGAGGAUCCUUCACAAAAUUUGAUCUAUAUUAGUUCUACCGACAUGACUCUUCCUUCGCAAAUAAGAUCCGAUGUAUUCGGUUCCUACGAAGAUGUCAUAGAGCGAGGUUUUCUAGAUUCAGCCAAAUCAGAGACGUUCCAACUGCGAUCGUUGAAAAGUUCGCCGCCUUUGAAACCCUUCGAUAUUUACUUGAGGAAAAUGGCCGAAAAACUCCGUAAAGCUACCCAGAGCUUCAUCGAUCAAGAAACCAUGUUGAGAAACAUUGAAGUGAUGUCGAAUUUUAUGAGAGGGGUUUUUCUUGGAGGGUUUAUACCUGAAAAUACAGAGAUUAAGUUGAUAAGCAAUGGAACAUAUUCAACACUUGGAAGACUCAACGAGUGGACCAAAGAACAUUUCGGAGACUCAGUGAAGAUCGACUGGGUAGAAUAUAUGAGGAGGGUUUUUUCCACAUCUGGACAAAAAAUCGGCGAAGACACCCAAGUGAUGACCCCAACGAACUUAGGCAGAUUACUCUUCGGAAUUUUGAACUGGGUCAACAUGAAUAACCCUGAAACUGUCAAAAGCUUCGUUAUGAUGCGGAUAUACCUCUUCAUGGCCGCAGACGGGGAUGCUGAAUCCAGAGCCAUUUUAGAAGAAUAUCUGACAACCCAAAAAGUCAGAAUACUACCAAGAUGGGAAUAUUGUACCAGGAAAAUCAUCGAUUCCGUUGACACAGCUGGGAUGAGUUUCGCCGUAGCUUAUGAGUAUCAACUCCGCCAUUUUGACGUGAACGGGCUAGGAAAGGCUUUGGAAAUGAUUAGAGAUCUGCAAAGUGUGUACCGGGAAAGUCUCCAAAAUGCCAUGUGGAUGGACGACGAAUGCAAAGCUAAAGCCGUUCAAAAAUUUGACAAUAUGAUAACCAUUUUGGCCUAUCCGGAUUUGGUACCGGAACCAGAACUCCUUGACCAGUUUUACGAGAAUCUGAGAAUUUGCGGAUGGGAUAACUAUGGAAAUACUAAGAGGAUCAAGGCAUUCAGAAACGCCUAUCGAAUGUCCCAAGUUGGAAAGCGAGAUCGGGCAUUGUUUCUGGCAUGUCCUCAGAGUUCAUAUAAAAUUUGUGAAUUUUACCAGGUUUUUCAUUUUUUUUUCAGUAUCCUAGAUUAUGGAAGAAUAGGAAGCAUCAUAGGACAUGAAAUUACACACGGAUUCGAUGCGGAGGGGCGAAAAUAUGAUGCUAACGGAACUUUAACCUCUUGGUGGACAGCAGAAACCAAGGCGGCAUUCGAUGAGAGAACGGAGUGUUUUGUUGAUCAAUAUAACAAGUACUACGUACCAGAAAUAGACGCAUAUGUCAAUGGGACCAAAACUCUUAAUGAAAACUUGGCUGACAAUGGAGGAGUUAGACAAUCCUAUUACUCCAUGAAAAAAAUGCUGGAAAGGACUGGAGCAAACGGAAAUACGGCCGGAUUAACACCAGAACAACUUUUCUUCAUAGGGUUCGGAACUGCAUGGUGCAGUAACCCUUCAGUUGAAUACUUGGAGCAAAUGAAGGCUGACGUACACGCCCAAUCAAAAUGGAGAGUGAAUGGAGUUGUUUCUAACAUGCAGGAGUUUUCUGAAGCGUUCAAAUGUCCUGUAGGCAGCAAAAUGAACCCGUCCAACAAGUGCAGACUUUGGUGAAGCUCAAAAGACUAUUUGGAACGUUGUUAUAGUCGAGGAAAUUGGUAGCACCUCUAAAAAAUGCCUGCUAUUUUUAGUUUUAGAUAAUUA